AUGACUGUGGUUGAACUUGCGAAACGAACAGGUCAAACUAUUGCUCAUCUACAAGAGAUCCUAGCAAAUGUAGGUGAGAAAGUCGUCUCGGAGUUUCAUCCCAUCGGCAUUGAUGUCGCUGAGUUGGUCGCAACGGUAAGCUUCAAUACAUAUCUUUCCUCUACUGGAUUACUUAUUCUAAAACGAUGCCAUUGAGAAUUUUACCCUUUUGGUGCUGGUUCUAUAUGACCAUGUGGACACCCACACGUUUAUAUUUAGCCUGACUUGCGCCUCCCUUUAUAUAUCAUUCGAGGCAUCUGUCUCAGAAAUGACUUCAAUUGCUCAUCCGAAUCAUAGCUUCUCACUCUGAAUAAGGCGUCUCAUGGUUGUAGAUAUUUCCUUGUUUUAAAUCCCUACCCUUGCUUCCCGCUGAACUUGCAUCUGGCCCAGAAGUAGCCUUGUAACUAUUCAACAUGAUCUUGCAUCCCCUACAUCGUAUCUAUUUCACAAGAUGUACUACUAGCUGAACUGUCUCAUUCUGCUAUGAAGGCUAGUCUCAACACUGGUUUAUCUGUAAAAUUCUUCGUGGUGCAUUUGUUAAUGGUGUCCGAAUCAAGAGAUUUCUCCCUGUCUGUUUUGUUGAUUUGAGUCUAUAUCUUUCUGGCUGCAUGCCAUUGGCUCGGCCCACAUCAAUCAUCCUCUUCUCGUGAUUUUCCCACGGAGGAUCACAACCUCGAAAUAUCACUAGGUUAGGCCCACUUACUCUUGCUUACGCAUUACAGACUGAUACAUCACCUUUUGACAUGUCUAUGGGUUCUUCGUAUGUCUCAGACAUAUCAAAAGAUAGAGCCAUGAUCUUCAUAAAAUUCGAGCACCUUCUGUGAGUUGAAAUGAAAAAUGCUCUUUUUCUUUGUGUGUUCAUAUCCAUCUCCAUGGGCCUUGUUGAUAUUCUCUCUCGUUUUGUUUCCCGCCACCAUUGCCCACUGGCUGUAACAUGGCACAUUGAUGUUUUUGGCGUUGGUUUCCUCGCAUUCAUGCCUUGUAACUGCUGGUGCCGAUUAACCUUGUCUCCAGGAAGUGGGAGUUAAUGUAAGAAGGCUACACUCGAGUGAGGGUUCGGUGCUCGAAUUUCGGCCCCCCGUUGUGACUGUCAUGGGUCAUGUGGAUCAUGGGAAGACUUCUCUUCUAGAUGCCCUGCGGCAGACCUCUGUUGCAGCCAAGGAAGCCGGAGGCAUUACGCAGCACCUGGGCGCAUUCGUCGUGGCCAUGCCUUCGGGAGCCUCGAUCACAUUCCUCGACACGCCCGGCCACGCUGCUUUCAGCGCGAUGCGCGCAAGGGGCGCCGCAGUCACCGACAUUGUAGUCCUGGUUGUAGCGGCAGAUGAUGGCGUGAUGCCCCAGACUCUCGAGGCUAUGCGGCAUGCAAAGGAGGCCAACGUGCCGAUUGUGGUGGCGAUCAACAAGUGCGACAAGCCGGGUGCCGAUCCUGAGAGGGUGAAAAUCCAGCUGGGCUCGGAGGGUUUGCCCUUGGAGGAGAUGGGUGGCGAUGUUCAGGUUGUGCAGGUCUCUGCGUUGAAGGGGACUGGCCUUGACAGACUGGAGGAGGCCCUGCUCCUCCAGGCCGAGAUGAUGGAGCUGAAGGCACGGAUAGAUGGGCCCGCACAGGCCUACGUAGUGGAAGCGAGGCUCGAUCGGGGCCGCGGGCCUCUGGCUACGGCGAUCGUGAAAUCGGGGACUUUAGUCUGUGGGCAGCAUGUUGUUGUGGGGGCGCAGUGGGGAAGGAUCAGGGCUAUCAGAGACAUGGCGGGAAAUGUGCUUGAGAGCGCAAGGCCUGCGAUGCCGGUUGAGAUUGAAGGACUCAAGGGGCUUCCCAUGGCGGGGGACGAUGUCACAGUUGUGGGAACUGAGGAGAGAGCGAGGCUGCUCAGUGACGGAAGGAGGAAGAAGCAGGAGAAGGACCGGUUGAAGAUGGUCAACGAGGAGAGGUACCCACUGGCGGAACCAGGUGCCGAGGAAGACGAACCAGAAAAACCGCAGACCGUUGAGCUACCCAUCGUCGUCAAAGCUGAUGUUCAGGGAUCUGGGCAAGCGGUGAAAGAUGCUUUGAAGAGUCUCAAUAGUCCUCAGGUGAUAAAACGCCGGUCAAAAUUCCGCCUUUCUUUUUCUUUUUCUUUUUUUUAUAAUCUGCAAUUUAAUCAUGAAUUCGCAGUAUAAUUCAUGAGCUCCCAGUACUCAUUCAUAUUACGGCGAUGUACAUAUAUCGUGUGAUAUGUGGGAAUAAUAUGUGUAUAUAUAUACCCGGAUGAAUCUCUUGCCUAUGCUCGGCUGUUUUAGUUCGUCCCCCGGGCUGCAGGACUCUCUUUAUUGUUGAUUCAUCUUAAUCUUCCCCUGUUUCUUUGCAGGUGUUUGUGAAUGUCGUCCAUGUGGGCAUCGGCCCCAUCGGUCAGUCCGACGUCGAUCUUGCGCAUGCCUGCGGGGCCUGCAUAGUCGGCUUCAACAUACGAACUCCGCCGAGCUCCCUCAGCCUCGCCGCCGACCGGGCAAGCGUGAAGGUGAAAAAUCUCCGCCGACCCCCGAUUGAAUAUGUCUGCAUUUAGAUCUAUUGCUUACAUCGAUGAUGGAAACUAACGAACUUUAUAGAUUUGAAUCGUUUAUAGAACAGAAAUAGAUGGAAGCUAGCUAGCUUUAUAGUUUUGAAUUGCUUGUAGAACAGAGAUAGAUGGAAGCUAGCUAGCUUUUAUGGAUUGAAUCGUUUAUAGAACAGAGAUGGAUGAAAAAAAUUAAAGCUUGGGAGGUGGCGGUGAUGGCAGAUAAUCAUCCACCGGGUGAUCUACCAUCUGCUGGAGGAGAUGGGGAACCUGAUCGUGGAGCGGGCGCCGGGGACCUUCGAGACGCAGGUGGCGGGGGAGGCCAAGGUGCUCCACAUCUUCGAGCUCAAGGGGCGGAGCAAGUCGAAGGGCCCCGACGUGGUGAUCGCCGGCUGCCGGGUCCUCGACGGGCGGCUGGUGCGCGCCGCCACCCUCAGGCUGAUGCGGAGCGGGGAGGUGGUCUUCGAGGGUUCCUGCGCCUCCCUCAAGAGGGAGAAGCAGGACGUCGAGGCCGUCGAGGAAGGCGGCGAGUGCGGCCUCGUCAUCCAGGACUGCCACGACUUCCGCGUCGGCGACAUCGUCCAGUGCCUCGAGCAGGUCAACCGCAAGCCCAAGUUCGUCUCCUCCGAGAGCGGGGCCGUCCACAUCGAGUGUUGA